AAGAAGACUUAGUAUUCGUUUGCAGUCGCCAAAGGUGUGUGAGUGUGUGCGGAGGAAAACAAACAAAAAUGUACAAUAAUUGAAAAGUGAAAAUGAGAAACUUAAAAGUUUGAAAAGAUUGAGAAAAAAAAUGUUUAUUAAAAAUUAAAAAAAAUAAAAACAAAUAUUUUUCAUAAAUAAACUCGCAUUUUAAGAAUUUCACUUUCCGCCUGUGUGCGUGUUCUUGUGUGCUAUGCACCAAAUAUACUGCAUACAUAUUCACGUAUGUAUGUAUGUAUAGGCUUCAAUGCUGUAACAAAGUUAUGACGGAUAAUAACUGUAUUUAUCAGCUGAAAAGUGUUGUGCCAAUAACAAAAAAAUAGCGCAAAAUAAUGACGUUUUAACUAAAAAAAAACAUUAACCAAAAAAAAAAAAUUAUUAUAUAUUAACUUUGAGCAGCGUUGGGCGUGCUGUGGCAGCCAUCAGCGCCACAUUAUUUCCUUAUUUUCUCCCUGUCACUACCUACACGCGAAUACGCCCUGUUCAAACAAAAAGUAGAGUUGACACAAGCAAAUUUGCUGGCAGAGCUGCAGCGGCCGUCGCAGCAUCGCUUCAUAGUUUGCUGCUAAAAGGAGGCCAAUUGCUUUGGCAAACAUCAAACGGCAAGAAAACGCAACGCAAACACAAACAACGCGAGCAACGACAACAACAACAACAACAACAGCAGCAGCAGAAGCAAACAUUUGAGUGCGACAAGAAAAUGCAUUCCGUGGACGUGUAUGAAAAUGAGGAUGAGCGACGCCAUGGCCAUGAUGACACACGCGAAUUGCAGAAUGUGGAUUGGCCCUUCUUGAUAAAGGGUAUUCUCGAGAGUCCAUCAUGCACUACAACAACACCGGACACAGUGACCGCAUUACUAUGGACAAUAACAGCCGUUUUCGGUAUCGUUUAUGCGUUGCUCGGCUAUCGCUGCCUACGCGCUGUUGGCUUUCUAAGCGGUCUACUCGUCGGUGCAAAUACUGUUUUUAUUUUGCAAGACUUUCAAAUCACAUUUCUCGGCAAGCCAGCAGAUUCCGCAUUUGCCAUUGUAGCAGGCUUAAUUGGUGCGGUAAUUGGCUCCACAUAUCCGGUUGCAUCGGUGCUAAUCAGCGCUUUCGCAGGCGCAUUGGUGGCUGGUGCAGCAAUGGCUGUUUGUGUGGCCACAAUGCCCGAUAAUGAAUUUGGGUAUCGAGAAAUAUAUGUAGCGGUUGCUGGUGGCGCUGUUAUUUGUGCGGUGCUGACAUUGUGUUGUGUCAAAUAUGUAACAAUACUAACAUCGAGUAUUGUGGGCAGCGCGAUGAUUAUUGCAUCUAUCGAUUUUUUUAUGCAUAGCCUAGAUACGAUAAAUUGGAUUUUAAAUAUGAAACCUAAUCCGUCGCCACCGCCGUGUUAUGGCGGCAUUUUGAUUUGCUCUUGGCCGGUUGCGAUAAUCAUCAGCAUAAUGGUGCAAUGUUUUAUCACAGCCUGGCGUGUGGACCAUCGCAAGCGCGUCUACCAACGGCAUCAUCAUCAAAUGGCGCGUUGUGGCGCUGGCGGCAUUGCAACGAAUCGCAUGAGUGGACGACCGCGUGAAACGCGUGAAGAGGCAAGUCAGCGCAAGUAUAGAUAUCUGUAUCAGGUACGCACAGCGCGUGGUGAUAUUAUUUCGCAGAACUUCGUGUCCGCGUUGCAGAAGCGCAUACAACUCGGCGGCACGGAAACGCCAUCGGAACGCUCUAUCAAAACAAGCUCCAACGAACGUAAUACAUUUCGCAGCGAUCGCACACACUUCACCACUAUACCCGAUUCUGAAAUGUGUGAUAAAAUCGAAAUUGUGCGUGAUCUGGGAUAACAAACAAGCAACAGUUAUAUGUAAGAUGGCGCAAAGUGUGUAAGAUGACAAAACAGUGAAUACCGAUAGGAAAAGGAAAUGGAAAGUCGGAAAUAAGUAUGGCGCUUCCGAGUGUGCGCGAAUGAGACAAAUAGAUAAUGCUUGUGGUUAUCUUAGAAAGCGCGUAUGUGUAUAUGUAGUAUGUGCGUGAGCGUGUGCGUCGAUCGUUGAGCGGAAAUGUAAUGGCCGCCAUAAAUAAAUAAGAAAAGUGAUACAAAAUACAAGGUUGCAUUUAAAAUUAAUGUGAGUCUGUCUGUAUAUAACAUACGACGAAGUUGAAGUUAAUAAAUAACUAUAGGAGAUGUGUGCAUUCGAAAGAAAAUGUUUGAAAGUGAUAAGCUAAAGUAAAAUGUGAAACCAACACAACACGCGUAAAACAUUUAAAGUAUGUAAACUAAAAAGGUUGCGAAAAUGUCAAAAUUAAGUAAAUUUCAAUAAGCUUUUGGAUAUAGAAGUUAAAAAUUUGUAUAUGUAACAAAAUGCUGAAAUAAGAUAUUAACAAUUCAAAUAAAAGGCAGGAAGUGCAAGGUUUGACGAAGAAAAAACUAAAAAUUAUAAUAAAAUAUUUUAAGUAAAACAAACGUAUUUGUUCAAAAUUUUGUUUCAACUACAAGAACAACACUUUUUUAAGUUCCUCUUCGGAAAGUAUAGAAAAUUGUAUAUAUGUACGUUUGUAUACUAUUAUUAAAAGUAUGACCUACAUACAUACAUACGUAAGUGUAAUUUUAUAACAGGGUUUUAUAGGCUUUAACUUACAAAGUAUUUGAUUCUUAGGCAUGAUAUUUUGUUGAAACGACAGUAUUUAGUAUAAAGUUAGUUUAAGUAUCGAAAUUAAUAUGUUUUCGCAAAAGUAAUUUUAUAAUAAUAUUUUAUUAGAAUUUCUCAGAUGUUUUGAACAACAAAUAUAAUAAUAGCAAUUAGUUUGGCCGUGAGAAAAGCUGGUCGUUAGUUAAAAAAAAUUCU